AGCAACAGCAGCAGCAGCAGCAACAGCAGCAGGAGGAGGAGGGAAUUUGCCCUGACUGGCUUUCUUUGGGGAAUAUGUGCCCCCUUGAUUUAUAUCUGUAUGUAAAACCUAUACAAAGUAUCUGCCAGUAACAGGUCUCGAAUUUUUUUUUCCCCUCCCACUCUGCUGUGUCAGAGGAACGCAGACAGAAGUACCUCUGUUUCGGGCUCCACGGCUGGAGGAGGAGUUUUCAUUCAGACUUUCUGAAGAGGUGGAGAUACUGAGAGACUCACCAGAAAAAGGUCCCCUGAGCCAGCCUGGGGAUUCAGCCCUUUCCUGCUCCCGUUCGCCAUGGACCUGCCUUCCUCUCCAAGCUUUUCAGAUGUGCCCUGAUGCCUACAUAACUGCAAGCCCUCCCUCCUCUUUACCACCAGAGUGCCACUCUCACUCAACUCCAAAGAAUUCAAGAGCCAAGACAACAUGGAUGCCCCAAUAACAGACGAUUUCCCUCAAACCCUGCCCAUUGAGCAACUCUGCUCCAUUCAUGUCAGCAAUGAGUACGUGGAACGGCCUGCCAUCUGCCAACAGACCCUCUCCAGCUCUUCCCUUGUCCAGCAGGCUCACAAGUCCGAUUGGUCCCUGUCUACCAUACCCUCCGAUCUGCCUCGAAGCCUCAGCCAAUGCCACCAGCUUCAGCUGUUGCCACAGCAUCUGAGCCAACCCAGCCUCGCCAGCUCCAUAUCCCACACCACCAUCACCUCCGACCAAAGGCUUCUGACCAGCAUCACUCCGUCACCCUCGGAUCACUCCCUCAUCUGUACCCAGCCUCAAGCAGGGGCUCUGAAAGUAGAAGAGUCUCAGAAAGCCACAGCAGAGAAGCUGUCCCUCCACACCGGCGGGCACCUCUUCAUCUGCGAAGAGUGCGGCCGUUGCAAGUGCAUCCGCUGCACGGCCACUCGCACCCUGCCCUCCUGCUGGCUCUGCAAGCAGCGCUGCCUCUGCUCCCCAGAGAGCCUUCUCGACUACAGCACGUGCCUCUGCUGCGUCAAGGGCAUCUUCUACCACUGUUCCACCGACGACGAAGACAACUGCGCCGACGAGCCCUGCUCCUGCGGGCCCGGCUCCUGCUGUGCCCGUUGGGCAGCCAUGAGCCUCCUGUCGCUGGUCAUGCCCUGCUUGUGCUUGUACCCUCCAGCCCGAGGAUGCCUCAAGUUGUGCCAGCAGGGCUACGACGGCCUGCGGAGGCCAGGCUGCCGAUGCAAGAGCCACACCAACACCGUUUGCAGGAAGAUCUCCUCUUCCAGUGGAGCCGCCUUCCCCAGGGCCACAGAGAAGCCAGUGUAAAUGCCUUGCAGCCUCCCUCCAGCCCCUUCUCUCCCCCUCACCCUUCACUCUGUAGGAAGGAAGGGUGGGGGUCAGAGAAACCGACCAGCCGGAACUCAAGGGCUCGCCCCCAUCGAUCCCGCCAUGCGUGGGGCUGGCCGAGUGCAUCUUGAGUCCAAGGCAGCUUAAACUUCCCUCAUUGGCUCUCUGCACCCCCCCCCACUCCUCCCUUGGCCUUCCCACCCGUCCCCCACUUACCUCUCAACUUUUUCUGCCCCAAAGCAAAAAAUAAAUUAAAAAUCAGAUGAUCCAAAGACAUGGGACUUGCACAUUGAAGACAAAUUGAGCCAGCUUCUGGCCAUCCACCCAUGGCCUCCUCAGCACUGUGUGGCAAAUGGGAGGCUCCCUGACCCCACCUUCUUCCACACCAGACUCAUUUCCCCAGUGCCUUCGGGGGCUUUCUCCAAAGAGUAACAUGGGGCCACACAGCAAGCAUCCAGGGAGUACUUAAUUUCAUUUUUCUUUCUUCCCCCAUCUUUGUCCUUGCCUUCCUCAUUCCUUCUCUUCAUCAUCUCCACUCCAUUUUCAUUCCCAGCUCGCCCCAUCAUCUUCUCCCUGUUUUCUCAUCCUCUCCUUCCUCCCUUCUUCCUCCCUCAUCUCCUCCCUACUCUUUCUUUUCCUGCCCUUCCCUCAUUCUCUCUCUAGCCCCCCUUAUCCCACAUCCCCUUUCCCAUCUCUCAUCUCUGUUCCUUUAUUCCUUCCCCUGCCCCCACCUCAUUCUUCAUUCCUUCCCAAUUCCCCCAUGCUCUCCCUUACUCCACUUCAUCCCUCAUCUCUUGCCUUUUCUUUAAUCACCUUACUCGCCCUCAUUCCCACUCUUAUAUGUCAUCCCUCUCAUCCACAGUUCCUUCCCCAUCUCUCAUCCCCUUUUAGUUUCCUCAUCCCUCAGUCUCUCCCUGCUCCCUCAUCUCCUCCCUUACCCAACCUGAUUCCUCAUCCCCUCCCUCUUCCUUUAUCCUUUUCCCCUCAUUGACUUUUCCCCUUCCUUGUCCCACGUUUCCUUUGCCACCCAGUCCAAUGCCCUCCCCCUUCCUCCCCCAUCUCCUCAUCAUCCCCCGUCCCCUUCCCCCCCUCUUCCUCAUGGGUCCUUCUUUCCCACCUUUAUCUCUAGCACCUUCAGGAGUGGGGUUUCCCAAAUGCCUUCCCUCUGCUUUUGUCCCCUUGCUGUGUUAUUACCCAGUCUUACAAAAAACAAGAAGAAGAAGAAGAAGGUUUCAUGUGAUAUAUUAACCGAUAAGCCUGCCUGAAACCCAGAUGUGUGAGUGUGUGUGUGUGUCUAUGCACCGCACCCACCAUACCCACACAUCUCAAGGCAUAUGGGAUCAGGAUCAAGUAAUCCAGGCUCGGUCAGCUGGAGUCUUGUCCUUUUCCCCCCAAACUGGAUGGCCUUGGGCAGUAAAGGGCAGAACACAGAGCCCUUCCCUAGAUAGCAAUAGCCCUAAGACUGCAUGAUUCCUGUUCUGUGGAUGUAAUUAUAAACCAUCGAACUUAGGGCUGGAAAAGAAUGGAAAGAUCACGCAACCCAUUUGACAGAUGAUUAAACGGAUCCCCAGAAAGGGGACACAGCAUGCCCAAGGCCACACGGGACAACUGUAAUAGAGCUGGGAUGAGGCCACGGGUCUCCGUUUUCCCAGAUCGGUGCUCUUUCCUGGCACCACAUCAGGUAUCUUCUCACCUGAUCCCCCCACUAGCAGGGGCAAACUACAGCCUCCGCUCAUCUACUGUUCAGGAACCAGGAAGAAGUGAGUCUAAUGUCUGUUGGAUUCUUAGCCACUUACGAAGUGUUAAGUAACACUCACGGGCAGCCCUAUUGGCAGGGCCAAGGUUGCAGCUCAUUGGUACGGUAGCUUAGGAGGAGCUAGCAUCACCGUUUGCCCUUUUCACUGACCAAAGGUGGCCUGUCAGAAGAUUGAAAACAAGGACCCCAAAAGGAGACCUCGCCACGUCAUCUCUCCUGUGGUUCCCCAAACUGAUUUUGCCUCCCACCCUGCCCCACAGCCUCUGCAGAGGCACCGGUCAACGCACGUGGGAGCCCGGAACCAAAUUCCGAGGAACAAGAAAAGUUGCAGCUUCAAAAGUCCCAGGUCCCAGGUAUGUAACAUAAGGUGUACCUCCCUCUUUCCUAAAUUGAACUCAGAAGGUCCAGGCUAAACUUCCUUACUGGGGAGAGAGACUGCCUCUAUGAUUCUCCAAUUGGUCAAGCUUACACAUUGUGGAAGAACUUCAGGGACGGGCUCCUAGUGAGAGCUACUGGGAGGAGAAAUUCUCCAAUGCUGUAGCUUUCCCAUCUUAAUGGACCUGACGUUCACAGAUGGAUUCUGAGGUGGUCACCUACUCCAAAAAGAGGAGCCCCAGCUUGGUUCGCUGCAUACGUGUUCCAUCCGUUCUCCAAAGCGGGUAUG